GCCAAUUUGGCAAGCUCCUGAUGCUGAUGACCACUGCCGUCACCAACGGCUGCUGCCUGGACGCCUGCACAUCCUUCCCCGAGGAAGGCAUCACGAUGACGGGCAAUAGCGGCAGCGUCAAGGCCAAGCUCCACGGCACGGGCAUGGAGCUGGAGCGCGGCCACUCAAAAUUCAAGCAGUGCGACGGCAACUG